UAACGGACGAGGCCAGUGGGAAAAAAUAGAAGAGAAAAUAGUGGAAACUCUCCGACCGCGUGGAUUAAGACAAACAGAGCAGAACCAAGAGUGAAAGACAAGAAGGUCCCAAGAAGGAAUCAUCUGGGAAACUGACUGGAAGUUAAACAAAAGAGAAAUCUAUUUUAAAAGAGCUUCUAAUCAGACAGAGAAGAACUGAGGAGGAGACCACAUUCACUUAGGAUUUCAAACUGCUCAAGAGUCCUGAAGGAUAUAAAGUGGAAGACAGGAAUCUCUGAGGACUUACUGGAAAACAGAUUUCCUUUGGCAAUUUCAUAUCAUAAACCAAAGCAUAAACAGACUGACAGCAGUUACGGUGUUUCCUAACAUGGAGCUGAAGUGGGCACUUCUUUUGGGUCUGUUCCUGCAGUCUGCUGAAUCUCGCGGAUGUGGCGUUGGAUUCGGAAUAAAAAACAAGAUCUGUGUUGAUACAGAUGAGUGCGUGACGCUUCCAGGUGUGUGUGGCGAUCACGCUCAGUGUUUCAAUACAAAUGGAAGCUACUACUGCACCUGCAAUAAAGGAUUUCGGCCAACAACACCCAAUUUUACAGCAACAACGGGACAGUGUAGGGAUAUCAAUGAGUGUAUUGAGAAAACACAUGAAUGCUCAGGUGAUAUGAAGUGUGAAAACGCCAUCGGCUCCUACAUGUGCAUCUGUCCACCUGGAUUUCAUGAAACAAGAACAGACUCAGGAUGUGAAGAUGUGGAUGAGUGUGUGUCCUCAGUGUGUGGAGUUCACAGCAGCUGCUUUAACACAACUGGAAGUUUCCUCUGCAUCUGUUCUCCAGGGUUUCGCACACAUAAGAACGGCACCUGUACAGACAUCGAUGAGUGUUUAGAUCCAGAUGUUUGUGGGAGAAACGCAGACUGCUACAAUAAUCCAGGUGGCUACAGCUGCAAAUGCCACCAGGGUUACAGUAACUAUGGCAACAACCAGUCAAAAUGCACCGAGAUGAGCUGCGACCACUUUGAGUCUGACGCGGAGGACGCGCCUGUAAAGUUGAAGCAUUUACUGACGCUGUUGAGGAGCAGCUGUGAGUCUCUGCGUGAUCCAAACGGCGGCCGUCAGACGGGAGAGCAGUUACUGGAGAAUGUGUUCACUUCCUCUGACGAGCUGCUGUCGGAUGGAAACAUCGCUGACGGCGAGACGUUGAGUCAGUUUCUGGACGCGGUGGAGAACAGCAUGCGUCUGAUCGGACCUCAGCUGAGAGAGCCUGUGACCAGGAUGGAGACACACAACACCUUUGCUGAGAUUGCAAGAGCAGACGAUGAAGAGAGAAGCGUCACUUAUCAACUCAACUCUAAAGUGGUGACGGCCGUCGUCAGUAAUGCAGAAACCAAGCAGCUGUCAGAGCCGGUGACGCUCGUCUUUACACACGUGGAGGAGAGGGCGGAGUCUGGGGGCGUGGCUUACUCCUGUGUUUACUGGGAUGAGGCUGAGGGGGCGUGGUCUGGGCGGGGCUGUGAGGGGGCGGAGUCUAACAGCACUCACACAGUGUGUUCCUGCUCUCAUCUCAGUAGUUUCGCUGUGUUAAUGGCUCUCUAUCCUGUCCAGGACUCGUUUGAGUUGGUGUUGAUCACGCGUGUGGGUUUAGUUCUGUCUCUGGUCUGUUUAUUUCUCUGUAUCUUGACAUUCAAGUUCUGCCGCUCCAUCCAAGGAACCCGGACCAGUAUUCAUCUUCAUCUGAGCAUCUGUCUCUUCAUCGCAGACCUCGUCUUCCUCUGCGGGAUCUCCAGCACUCACAAUCAGGUAGCGUGUGCGUUUGUGGCCGGUCUGCUUCAUUUUUUCUUCUUGUCUGCGUUCUGCUGGAUGCUGCUGGAGGGGGUUCAGCUCUACCGGAUGGUUGUGCUGGUGUUUCACACCACAUUAAAACAUCUCUACAUGUUUGCGGUGGGAUACGGAGUCCCUCUCGUCAUCGUUGCCGUCUCUGCCAUCGCCUUCCCAAAGGGAUACGGCACCGAUAGACACUGUUGGCUCUCUCUUGACCGUUAUUUCAUAUGGAGCUUCUUUGCGCCAGUCUGCAUCAUCGUCGUCCUCAACAGCUUUGUCUUCAUCAUCACCGUGUGGAAACUGGCCGAAAAGUUCUCCAGCCUCAAUCCAGACCUCUCCAAACUCCGCAACAUCAGGGGGUUUACGGUGACCGCCGUGGCUCAGAUGUGUGUUCUUGGAGGGAUGUGGGUUUUCGGCUGCUUCCUCUUCCAGGAGAAAGGAACUCAGGUUGCGUUGUACCUCUUCACCAUCUUAAACAGCCUCCAGGGGGCGCUCAUCUUCAUCAUGCACUGCCUCCUGUCCAAACCGGUCAGAGACGAGUAUUGCAAGCUGAUUAGCAGGAUCUGCUCACUUAAGCAGAAGAGAUAUUCAGAAUUCAGCACCAAUCAGUCCAGCAACAGUCAGGGCCGUUUCUAG